AUUUUGAAUUGAGAGUUGGCUCACUUGGGAAAGAUAGCGUUAGCUCAAGAGAAAGCCUGACCAGUCCACCGGUGCAAGUACGAGAAGUGCUCAGUGGAUACUGGUGGUCCUGGCUGUCUUCAUAGUUGGAUGUUAUUGGUCUUAUAACGUAUGCACUACUUUGUCCCGCCCUUUUUUUACUCUCACGUUGGUUUGCGGCGGCAGCAGCAAGCAGACAUGACAGCUAACUAGCUAGCUUAGUGAGCUAGCUGUGGAGCUGAGCAUCAGCACCCACCGGCUUUGAGGGAAGGAAAAAAACCACAGUGAACACGCACGCUGCGACCGGCCACUUAACUCCUCUGUUAGACAUCACUUAAGUGAGGAAACCAGUACAAAUCCGCCACAGCUAUCAUAAGGAGAAAUGUAUCAGCUUCCAGUGAAUAACCUUGCAAGAAUCAGAAAAGCAAGGAAACAGGUGAAGAAAGCACUUGAAGACAUUGGACUGGAGUAUUGUAAAGAGGCAGCAGAGGAUUUCAAGGAGUUUUGCCCAAAUGAGCAAUUUGUAAAAAGCAGCCUUUGCCUUGAUAUCUGUGCAUGGGAUCCAUCAUACUCCAAAACACAGGAAUACAGAUCCAAGCCAUUUUGCUGCACUGAGUGCUCGUUUUCUUCCAAAUACUACUCAGGCUACAAGAAUCAUUUCCGCAAUGUACACAGGAAAAUCUUUGACGGUAAAAUCCUGCUCAAUUGCCCAUACUGUACAUUCACUGCAAGCAAGAAAACUUUGGAGACACACGUAAAAAUAUUCCACAUAACCAGUUCAUCACGCCAGAACUAUGGGACAGCACAGGGCAUUUUACCGGGAAAGAUGGACAAAGCAUAUCUUGACAGAGCCAGACAAGGAGAUGGCGUGGAGAAACCAAUGUACUAUUGCAAAAAAUGCUCGUUCCGGGACACACUCUAUAAUGUAGUGAGAAGGCACAUCUACAGGGAACAUUUUCAGCACAUUGUGUCACCAUAUCUAUGUAUGGUCUCUGAAUCUUCUGUUAGAAAUGGUGCUAAUUCUGUCAAUGGCAACAACAUCCUCUGUAAAGGCUGCCAGUUCACCACUCGUAGCUAUGAAGCUUUGGUACAGCAUGUGAUAGAGUAUCAUGAACGCAUAGGUGCACAAGUUACCACCAUGAUCGGACAUGCUAAUGUCCUUGUCUCUAGGAAUCAGGCCUUUCCAGUUGCUUCACAGAAGACUCCUCUAAUCAUAAGCAGAGGUACAGUAGCACAGGCCCCAAUAGCACAACCAGUGAUUGGCUACUUAAAGCCUGUGGCCCCAGUUGUUAAAAAACCACCUCCGAUUGCACCCAGUAAGGCACGUGCCACACACAACAGCGUUGUGCCUGAAAAUAAUCCUGCUGGUGUGAACACAGCUCAGACACAGAAGUGGAAGAUCUGCACAGUUUGCAAUGAGCUUUUCCCUGAAAAUCUCUACAGUGCUCAUUUUGAGAAUGCACACAAGGCAAAGAAAGUUUGGGCACUGGCCAAGUACAUUAUGAAAAUCCACAAUUUCACCAGCAAAUGCUUGCUCUGCAACCGCUAUCUGCCCAGUGACACACUGCUCAACCACAUGCUGAUCCAUGGGCUCACCUGCCCGCAGUGUCAUGCUGCUUUCCACAAUGUCGAGAAAAUCAUGGAGCAUGUGGCCCAGAUUCAUCCUGAGGAAUAUGUUGGACCCCCAGGUUCAUCACCUCUAACUUUUGAUCUUACCAUUAAACAAGAUAAGUCAAGUAAUGUACAGCUGUUGGUUCUAACUUUCAACAUGAAAGAGACCACCAACGGUCAAGAUCAGCUUGCAUCAGCUCAGAGCAGUGUUCCUCAGUUGGUCAAAGUUGGCCCACCAAAAAUAAUUCAGAGGAAUGAACCACUUGCUGCAAGUUACCCAUCUAUGCCUCACAAAAGUGAGGUUGGGAAGACUUUGUGUCCGCUGUGUUUUACCAUCCUUAAAGGACCUAUCUCCGAAGCGUUGGCAAUGCAUCUGAGGGAGCGACACCAAGUGCUUCAAACAAUGCAUCCUGUAGAGAAAAAGAUGACAUACAAGUGCAUUCAUUGCUUGGGAGUGUACACCAGUAACAUGGUUGCCUCUACGAUCACAUUGCAUCUUGUGCAGUGCAGGGCUGUCGGUAGGACCCAGGCAGCUCAAGGCUUCAAGUCUUCCCUGACUCUCAACUCAUCAGGGGCUGGCUUCAUCAAGAGGCAGCCACCAGCACAGACCGGGCCCAAUCCCAAGAAAAUAAAACUAAGCAAGGAGUCAAAGAGUUCCACCACAAAUCAACCUGAUGACCUUGCUUUGGAUCCUAGAAGCUAUGAACACAAGACGUACGAGGCCAGGAAAAAUUUCCUGACAGCCUACUUCAAUCGGCGGCCAUACCUUUCAGCUAAGGAAGUGGAGAAGCUGUCUGCAAGCCUGUGGCUGUGGAAGUCAGACAUUGCCAGUCAUUUUUCAUUGAAGCAGAGAAUGUGUGAGAGGAUGUGUUUGAACAAGAAAGUGUCUGUGCUGCUUGGCUUUGACAUGCAUGCUGUCAAGAAAGUAAAGCAUGACUUGACCUUUGAGGACAGCAAGUUUGAUGGCCUUUCAACUAAGAGACCUGCAACCCAAAAGUCUGGUACUAAAACCACAGACCAUAACAAGCAGAGUGACACACUUAACUGUACCUUGAAACUCAGUACAUGCACGGAGACCAUUUCGAUAGACUCGGACAGUGACAUAGAAGAGGUAGACAAACGAGAAAAUGAAAAUGUGGACGCCACCCAACAUGAGAAUGUGAAAUCUAGUGAGCCAGCAAACCCGACAGAUGAGACAAAAUCAGUGAUGGAAGAGACAAAAUCAGUGACGGAUGAAAUCAAAUCUUUGAUGGGCGAGACAAACUGUGUGAUAGACGAGUCAAAAUCUUUGAUGGAUGAGAUGAAAUCUGCAGCGGAUGAGACAACAUCUGUGAUUGAAGAGUUGAAGUCCAUGAUGGAAGAGACUACAUCUGUGAUGGACAAGUCAAAAUCUCUGAUGAACGAGACAACAUCUGUGAUGGACGAGUCAACAUCUGUGAUGGACGAGUCAACAUCUGUGAUGGAUGAGUCAACAUCUUUGAUGGACGAAUCAACAUCUCUGAUGGCCGAGUCAACAUCUCUGAUGGACGAGUCAACAUCUUUGAUGGACGAGUCAAAAUCUAUGAUGGACGAGUCAACAUCUGUGAUGGAUGAGUCAACAUCUGUGAUGGACGAGUCAAAAUCUGUGAUUGACGAGACAACAUCUGUGAUUGAGGAGUUGAAAUCCAUGAUGGACGAGUCAAAAUCUGUGAUAGACGAGACAACAGUGAACAUGGAUGACGUUUCUGAAGAGAAGGAAAUCUCUUUGCAAGAUGGGGAAUCAAAUGCCUGUAUGUCUCUCUGCUAGUGUGUGCCUGGCAUUGUGCCUUGGUUGUGAAACAGUUUAGUUUUGAAAUUCAGCUGGAGGGAUAUAAACUGGGCAGGAAACAUUACUGUUCUCAAAUAUGUGCGCCAGCAUCAGACACUAAACAGCUUGAAUUAUGGAUUUUGAGCUCAUAUUCAGUGUUGAAAUGAUGCAAAAAGUUACACUUUAGUGCAUAAAUAUAUGAAAUGUAAUUGAUGUAUAUACCCGUAUAUAUAUUUUUUGCCAUUGUUCUUUGUUAGGCUCUUAAAGUAGUCCGUCUUAUCCACACCCUAACUAUCAAACUAAGAAACAACGCCAACUUCCUAAGUUUCAUGUUUUUGUUUUCUCAACUGUAAAAUGAACUGUAUUAUGUUGUUUCACAUUUGGAAAGUGCAGGAUAUGGUUAUUAUUGCUUAUG